GUAGGAUCAAAAAAUCAAGUGCCUUACCAGUCAUGUACGACGACGUUGUUGGCUGCGCAGCGCGAUAGGAGCGGGGUAUAAAUUUAAAAAUUAAAUACUGCAAGCCGAGCUGGUGUGUAAAAGCGAAGAAAAUUACCCCGAAGAAAAAGAAUAUUUUAAACAGCCAUACACACAAACGCCGACGAGACACGGGUUAUUCGCCAGAGUUGACGAAAGUCGGGAGAAUAAGAAAUAAAGGAAGCAAUAUUAAGAAAAGCUAAUUUUAUCGCUUAAGUAAAGUUGAAAAGACGGAGAAGCCAAGUCAGACACACUGCUGAAGUAUCUCCACAGCGCGAGAAUAUCGGAGACGUAGAAGAAAAAAAAAACAACAAAAAUAAAACUAAAAGCAACACAACUAACAAGGCAACAAGUAUAACAAGAGACAGACGACGAAAGCGACGUGUGCGAACAUACACACAUUCUCUCGCGCGCUCAUUCGCGUGCGCUGCGCUGCGCUGUGCUGAGCCGAGCUGAGACGAGCCGAAACGAGCUCUCUUCUUCCUACUGAAAAACUGCACACGGGCAGCGACGAGACAAAACACACAAGAUGGCGUUCAACAACAGCAACAGCAACAACACCAACAACACGGCCAGCAACACCAACACCUCGGAGGAGAACGAUGGGGCCAAUAAAAAGAAAAACCUGAUAAUUCUGGUGGAUAAAGACUCGAACGAUAAGUUGAACGAGCUGUUCGAUAAAACACUCAGCAAUAAAUUACCGUUGCAAAUUCCCUACCGUAUGCGAAAGUUGCCAGACUCGUUCUUCAAGCCGCCGUCCUCCGGGUCCAAGUCCCCCUCCGUGUCACAUUCGCGAGAAAAUUCGGCCGAUUCGGCAUUCGGGUCCGGCACAACCAUACUGGGCGGGGUCACCACCGGCCCCAACGGACUACCGAUCCAUCACAGUCGGGCCCACAGCAGUCCGGCCUCGUUGGGCAAGAUCCCGGCCGGUUUGGUCGCGAGCCUUACGGCGGCCAGCCAACAGGCGGCGGCCAACAACAGUAGCAAUGUAAAUAGCAAUAAGACACAGCAAGGAGGCAGCAGUGGGGACGGGGGAGCAUCGGCCGUUGCCCAACAGCAGCAGCAAGCACAGCAACAGGCUCAGCAGCAAAGUCUCACCAGACAGGCCAUUCUGCACAGCCGGGGACGCUCGUAUGACGUGUCCAACCAGCAUGCCACCUACGGGGAACUGCCGCCCGGUUGGGAGCAGGCCAAGACGCAGGACGGCAGGAUCUACUACAUUAAUCACAACACGCGAACCACCACGUGGGAGGAUCCACGUAUCACCGCAGCCAUGCAGCAAGAGAGCCUAUUCCAACAGCAGCAGCAGUCCAGCGUCGAGACGCUGUUCAACACGGGGUCCCAGACGCUGAUAAGUCCCACCAUCUCGUCACCCACGCCCACCAACAAUGUGGUAUUUUCAGAUUCGAUUGAAAUGUCGAACGAUCUGCCGCUGCUGCCGCCGCCACCGACCAACGUGUCGAUGCUAACCAACAACAACAACAACAGUAAUGUCAAUCUCGGUCCACUUCCGGAAGGUUGGGAGGAAGGAAUAACGGCCAAAGGCGAACGGUACUACAUCAACCACGCGACGCGGACGACCACCUGGAGGGAUCCUCGAUUGUCAAACCAAGAUUGGGCAGCACAAGAGCAAUCGGUCAGACUGUACAACCUGCAGCUGGAGCGAGAGCGCCUCCGGAGGCGACAACAGGAAAUUAGGUCACAUAUAGGGGAAGAUCCGUUCCUGUCCGGACUGACGGAUCACUCACGCCAGGAGUCAGGUGACAGCGGACUGAGCGAAUCGUCGACGUCGCAAUCGAUGCCACACACGCCCGAUUUCCUCUCCAGCAUAGACGACAGCAUGGAUGGGCUGAGCAUGGCAGACAACACAAUGGACACAAUCGCAUUUGGAGAUAAUUUAGAAACGCCAGAUGAAUUCAUGCUGGAUGAUCCCCUGCUACUGGAAAAGAUCGAUGCCGUCAGUAAUCUGAACCUGAUAGAUCCCUCGAGUACCAAACCGGACAACACGUUGUACGACAUCAUCUAACAGCAGUUUCCCGAGUAAACGCGAAAGGAGAAACAAUAGGAAAAUGCACGCGUUUUUUUGUUUGUUUGCUGUUGUCACAACGGCGACAGGACAGAUGAAUAUUCAUUACGGUUUACCAACACCCACACACACACACACACAUUAUAUAUACUUAAAAGCAGAAACACCAUUACUCAAAUCCACAUACUGAGUAACGUUAGGAAUUUUCAUUUUGGUCAUACUCACACACAAACACCCAUAUCCACACACACACACAUACAUCUACACGACGAAGGUUAAGUAUAGCUGUAAAGUUUUUCUUUAUCGCUAUAGGAGAAAAGUAAACCAUACAACCGAGAAUAACAACAGGAAUAGAAUCAGCGAGAGAGGAGCGUGUGAAAUGUUAAAUGAAACAAUUUCUACAUUUAAGAUUUAGUUAAAUAUUGGUUUAAUACUGCAUACAAUAGGGAACCUCUGAAAAAAAAAGAAAACUAGAACCUCCGACACUCUCGAUAUCAGAAGGGCGAGAGACUCGUGUGUGCGUAUUAUACAUUUAGAAAUAUUGCAAUCGCGGGAUCACCCCGUCGCCAUUGCAAGCAAUGAUCAAGUGCCUUAUCGGAAAAGAGGACACUUCCCAGUGGGAGGGGGAGGGCGGCGCGAAACUGGACAAAACAGGAAGAUGUGAUUUCAUGUUGAUUAUUUUUGCGCAGACACCAACACAUAUCAGAGAACAUAUGCGCCGCGCGAAGGGAAGCUUUUCCGAAGCAAUCGUCUGUGAAAACUCCGCAAAAUGAGAGAAUGCGAGUUUUAAAAUACUGUAGAUCAACACACACAUACACACACACACACAUACAUACAAAUCGUUAACACGGAGAUGCAAUAAUGAGUAGUUUUCACAUGUUUUGUUUGGAAAUGUCUUUUGGAGAGAAUUUUAAACUUCGUUAGGAAAAA